CGUGCAGCGCUGCCGGCGGCGAACGUCCUGCUUCUUACACGUACCGCCGGGGUGGUGCUCUCCGAUUCCAUCGUCGUCAAUGGCUAUCUUGGUGGCGCUGGCGGUGAUCGCGUCGCCUCUCGUGGCGCUGCUGCUGAGGGCGGCGUGGGUGACCCUGUCGUGCUACUGGCUGACGCCAAUGAGGAUCCGCCGCGCCAUGGCGGCGCAGGGCGUGCGCGGCCCGCCGCCGCGCCCGCUCGUCGGCAACCUGCGGGAGGUGUCGGCGCUCGUGGCGAGGACCACCGCCGACGACAUGCCGUCCCUCACCCACGACAUCGUCGGCCGCCUCAUGCCCCAUUACGUGCUCUGGUCAAAGACCUACGGCAAGCUGUUCGUCUAUUUCUAUGCCAGCGAGCCGAGGCUCUGCUUGACGGACACCGACCUGAUCAAGGAGUUCUUGUCGUCCAAGUACGCCCACGCUACCGGAAAAUCAUGGCUGCAAAGGCAGGGGACGAAGCACUUCAUCGGCGGCGGAUUGCUGAUGGCCAACGGCGCCAGGUGGUCGCACCAGCGCCACGUCGUCGCGCCGGCGUUCAUGGCCGACAAGCUCAAGGGCAGGGUCGGGCACAUGGUCGAGUGCACGAAGCAGACGAUCCGGGCGCUCCGCGACGCGGCGGCGCGCGGCCGGCGAGAAGUGGAGAUCGGCGCGCACAUGACCCGCCUCACCGGCGACAUCAUCUCCCGCACCGAGUUCAACACCAGCUACGACACCGGCAAGCGCAUCUUCCACCUCCUCGAGGACCUCCAGCGGCUGACCGCCCGCUCCAGCCGCCAUCUCUGGAUCCCCGGCAGCCGGUAUUUCCCGAGCAAGUACAGGAGGGAGAUCAGGCGGCUCAACGGCGAGCUGGAGGCGGUGCUGAUGGAGUCGAUACGGCGGAGCAGGGAGAUCGCCGACGAGGGGCGGACGACGGCCACGUACGGCAGGGGGUUGCUGGCGAUGCUGCUGUCGGAGAUGGAGAAGAAGAAGGAGGAGGAGGAGGAGGAGAAGGGCGGCGGCGGCGGCGGCGGCGGCGGCGGCGAGUUCAGCUACGACGCGCAGCUGGUGAUCGACGAGUGCAAGACGUUCUUUUUCGCCGGCCACGAGACGUCGGCGCUGCUGCUCACGUGGACGAUCAUGCUGCUGGCCACCAACCCGGCGUGGCAGGAGAAGGCGCGCGCCGAGGUCGCUCAGGUCUGCGGCAACGAGCCGCCGUCCGCCGACCACCUCUCCAAGCUUACCGUGCUGCAGAUGAUCAUCCAGGAGUCGCUGCGGCUGUACCCGCCGGCGACGCUGCUACCGCGCAUGGCGUUCGAGGACAUCCAGCUCGGCGACCUCCGGCUGCCGCGCGGCCUGUCGGUGUGGAUCCCGGUGCUGGCCAUCCACCACGACGAGUCCAUCUGGGGCGCCGACGCGCACGAGUUCCGCCCGGAGCGGUUCGCCCCGGGGGCGCGCCGCUCCUCGGCCGCCGGCGCCGGGCGGUUCCUGCCGUUCGCGGCGGGCCCGCGCAACUGCGUCGGCCAGGCCUACGCGCUCGUCGAGGCCAAGGUCGUCCUCGCCAUGCUCCUCUCCAGCUUCCGCUUCGCCAUCUCCGACAGCUACCGCCACGCGCCGGUCAACGUCCUCACCCUCCGCCCCAAGCACGGCGUCCCCGUCCACCUCCGGCCGCUCCGGCCAUAGCCGGCCGGCGAGCCAGCCAGCCAGCGAUAUUCUUUUUUGUUCGUUUCGCGCCAUAGCUAGAGGGGAGCGAAAAAAAAAAGGCGCGCGCUCUCCUGAUUGGCUCGCGGCCUAGUGAGGCCCACCUGUCAGUCAGAACUCCCGGCUGGCAUACUCCGCUGCUGCUAUAGCUAUUAGCUGCGUGUAGAGACUUGCAACAACAAUGCGCGCAAAUUAAUGACAUGAUUAGUAUUAACAGAGAUGCCUACCUAGCUCAAUUUUGUUGGGUUUAUUUGACAUGAAUUUAAAUUUGAUCCAUGCUUGAAUGAAUUAAGG